CUCUUCUUUCAAGGCAUCGAGAUCCGAGAGAAUAGUUGCCACAUCAUCAAGGUAUUGUGUCAUAGUUUUGGUACCUUUACGAAGAGUGUGGAGUUUGUCCCGAAGCUGAUAAACAUGAGCGGUGGACACGGAGUUGUACCGUGCGGCCAAAGCAUCCCAGAGGGCAGCAGAUGUGGUGAAGCCGCGAGCAUGUUUGUGAACGGAGGGGCUGAUGACCGCUAGGAGGCAGGCGCGGAUCUGUGUGUCAACGAUGGUCCAGGAGAUACACUCUUUGGAAUAAAAAAUAGAUGUUAAGUUCAAGGGAUGGAGAAUUGGGCCGAGCUUUAAUGGAAUUGAAGAUUUAAAGUCCAUGUGAAAGUUUUUAUCCAAUUGCUAUACAAAUUCCAUCUCAACCCAACCCAAUUGAAACCUAAAAAAAAAAGAGACAAACAUGAUGGAUAUAAAGAGGAGAGCCGCAUCUCAAAGAAAGGAGGCUGGAAACGGAAAAAGACAGAGCAGAAGACCUAGAGCAGAGGGAUUUGAUCGGCUGCUUCCAUCGGCGGCAUCGACGGCGUCCUGGAGCAGCGACUCAACAGCCUUGGAUUCCCUUCUUCCUCCGAUUUCAGAGUUUAAUUCUCCCCUUCUUCUUUAAUUAUGUCAAGUUUUACUAUCAAUUUUGUUGAAUUUUACAUUAUGUUUGGCUAAACUCCAUAGCUAGGGCGAGGAUGAAGCUUAUAUAUUCAAUUUGAUUUUUACUCAUCAUUUAUUUUUCCAUACUGAUAUUAAAUGUUUAUUGUNUUU